GUAUGGUUCCAUGGAUAUGUGUGGAAUGUGGGAAAGUUCAUGCACCACAUUAGUUACAUUAGUACAGUCUGCCCUGAAAGGCCUUAGAGCAGUGCCUCAACUGUAGAAAUCAUGGUCCUUAUCGUAGCUGAGAAUAUGUUUUUGAGAACUCAUCCUGUGGCCUUCUUGUCGUGAUGCUGAGUUCUUUGAAAACUGUUUUUAUGCAGUUCUUUCUGUUCUGCCGAGUUUGCUUCAUGCGACGAAUGUUUUGGAAGUUAACGGCUACGCGAGAACAAAACGAAUAAAGAACUGGAGUUUGCGGACGCGGAUAUGCAAAUCUUGAGAAACACUCUAACGCUGAGCAAAAUAGGACACACCUCUGGCCUUUUUUUUUUUUUACCCUCUGUUUUUGCGCAGAUUGGGUACUGCGGUUGUCGCCUAUGCUACUGUACGUGUUAGGUGGGGGUCACAUGUGUACGAUAAGCGGCACCGGCAACAGGUGUCGAGUGUGAGCUGUUUGAGCACUCUGGAGGAAGUUGUGCACUCGGCUACCCCAUCUCGUUAUGCUUUUAAAGCACCAAUAAUCUGAGUUAUUGUUAUUACUUUAUGCACAUAAGGAGUUGGCCAGGAAACAUGACAUUCUUAUAUUUUGCAAGGUUGCAAGGAAGCCUUGUAAAUAACCUCAGAAGUCUGCCAAAAUUUAAACUUGGACCUGUUUCCUCCAUAAGAUGUUCAUCAACAACUUUCCCUCCUGCAUUCUCUCCAGUGUUUGGAGGCAUUCAAGAGCAUUUGAACAAGCUGGCUGUGGUUGAUGCACUUGGCUCGCACACCUAUGGUGAUCUACUUAGCUUUAGCCAGCAAAUCCAAAAAGAGAUAUCCAAACUUACAAAGUCUUGUGAGCAAAUGCGAAUUUCCUAUUUGUGCCCAAGUGAUGUUCGAUAUGUUGCCACACAGUGGGCUUGCUGGCUCGGUGGUAAUGUAGCCGUGCCCCUUUACCAUCAGCACCCAGAUGCCAUGCUGGAAUACUACAUUAAAGAUUCUCAGACAUCAGUUUUGCUCACAACCAAAGAAUACAAAGAACGCAUCCUGAAACUCUCUGAGCAACUUUCUCUCCCUUAUAUUGUAAUUGACAGACCAAGCAAAGAAAAGGCUGAAGGAACUGAAAGCAAAGAUUGGGAAAGUUUGAAAGAACAGGAUGCUCUGAUGAUGUACACCAGUGGGACGACAGGGCCUCCAAAAGGAGUUGUCCUCUCAUUCAGAAAUGUGCACUUUCAAGUGGCACAGAUCAGGAAGGCCUGGGAAUGGACACCUGAAGAUGUGAUGCUACAUGCACUGCCACUUCAUCAUACGCAUGGAAUUAUAAGUGGCUUGCUCACGCCAUUGUACUCUCAUGCUGCUUGUCUGAUGCUGCCCAAGUUUAACCCUGCAGAGGUGUGGAAACAUCUACUGCACCUGGAUAAGAGCAAGCCAGCAGUUUCGGUCUUCAUGGCUGUUCCCACUAUGUAUGUAAAACUGAUUGAGCAUUAUGAGCAGCACUUGAGACACUGCAGAGAGACAGCACCAGAUGUGGUUCGUGACACAUUUGCAAAAAAUAUCAGGUUUGUCAUUAGUGGUUCAGCUUCUCUCCCACAGCCCAUAUUUGAAAAAUUCCAUGACAUUACCGGCAUGACUAUAUUGGAAAGAUAUGGAAUGACUGAAGUUGGUGUACCACUAUCAAAUCUCCUGCAUGGCAAAAGACAUCCUGGAUGUGUGGGAUACCCUACAGCAGGUGUUGAAGUGUGCAUUGCUGAAGCAGAUGACUCCAAGAUAGGAUACAAGCCUCUGGUCUUGAGCGCAAAUGCAGAGACAAAGUACCUCGAAGGAUCAGAAAACAACAGUGGUGAACUGCUUAUUAGGGGCCCUAAUGUGUUCAAGUACUACUGGAACAGGCCAGAGGUAACAAAAGACUCAUUUACCCAAGAUGGCUGGUUUAAAACAGGUGACAGUGCUGCAUGCAUUGACGGCGUCUACAAGAUCCUGGGACGUACGUCGGCUGAUAUCAUCAAGUCUGGUGGUUACAAGGUCAGCGCACUAGAUGUAGAGCGCCAUUUGCUGGCCCAUCCGUCUAUUAAAGAAUGCACGGUAGUGGGAGCCCCUGAUGCCACUUGGGGUGAGCGUGUUGCUGCAAUAGUUGUCUUGCAUGAGCCAUCAGCCACACUGGAACUUGAAGACCUCCGAAACUGGUGUAAAGAACGCAUGCCCACAUACAAUGUACCCAGUAUUUUACUGUGUGUACCUGCCUUAGAACGUAAUUUUCUAGGCAAAGUCAAUAAGAAGGAACUUGUAAAAAAAUUGUGGCCUGCUCCACUGCAAUAGCAUGCAUAAUCAUAAAAUU